AUGCAGUGGACGGUUUCGCCAACGAAAUACCUCGGGGUGCCUUUAAAUCACUACAAAGACACUAGUGAUUAUUGGAGAAAUGAAGCGGAACAAAUAAAAGAAAAAUCGACAAAAUUUGGAGGGAGAGACUUAUCUAUAUUUGCAAGGUCAACAGUAUGUAACCUUUUUCUUGUAGCCAAGAUUUGGUACGUUCUGCAAGUACUGUGUGCGACGAGAGCAAGCAUUCAAAGACUCCACAGGGUGCUAGCAGUGUAUAUAUGGGGAUCAACUUGGGAACGUACAAGCCGUACAAAUUUAUUCCGGUCAGUGAAAAGUGGCGGAAUGGGCUUGGCGCAUUUGUUUCUAAAACAGGUAGUGUCCAGAUUUCUCUUUAUGCGAGAGCAAAGCAAUGCUUUCCUACGUACUGUGUUUCAAAUGCGAUUGUGUGACGUUAUGCCAGCGUUUAUUGUGUCGUCUGAUCGGGUUGAUGGGCCGAAAGUACGAGGCUUCCUGCGAGAAGUCGUCUGGUCUUACGAGUUCCUCGCAGCACGGUUCUCAUUACAGUAUCUAAGCAAUGUCACACGAAAGAAACUGUACAAAGAUGUUGUUGAUGUAUGUAUGCCAGAACCACUGUAUCGCACCAUGUUGUCACCAGGAGCAGGCAAAGACGUACUGAAAAGGGUGAAGCGGAUGCCAGUACGGUCCACGGUGAAAACGUUCUUCUUUUACUUGCACACCGGAACUCUGCCCGUUAAACCGUGGUUAGAGCAGAAGGGUAUCUUCGUGCCUUGGACGAUAAACUGCUUAUUGUGCAAGCAACCAGAAACUAUCGACCAUAUUUUUCUUGAUUGCGUAGAUGCCACCUUCUUAUGGGACAUACUGCAACGUACUUUAAAAAAAGAGUUACCGAUUACCCCAUAUGGCAUCCGCUUCCUCCCAACCGAUAAUGACGAAGGGGUGCCGUAUGACAUGUUUAUGGCUUUAUGUCUUCACAGCAUCUGGAAAACAAGAAUGGCAGUGUAUCAUGCAGAUAUGAACGCCCAGCCAGCCAGAGAGUACUUCAAAGAAAGUAUCGCGUUUAUUCGUGAGAUAUAUAAAGCACAGAUUGAUCCACCAGCAUGGAUGCCUGUAUUAGAUGCUCUUGUCAACCUGAAGCGGUUUUAAAUACCCACGCUUGCCCAAAUCGGGCAAGCAUUUUUAAUUACUUUAUGUAGUGUGAAUUUGUGAUUGUAUCGCUUUGUUUCAAUCCUGAGAAAGGUAAUAAAAAAAAAAAAAAACUCCGGCAUGGUCUAGUGGCUAGGAUACCUGGCUCUCACCCAGG